AUGGAACAACUGCGGCUAGGAGGUCAUUCACGACUUCUACUCAGAUCUCUUCGACAUCUACGUCCACUUGCCUCCUCACCAUUUGAUGGAAGAUGGACAUAUCAUUCCAGAGGUCUUCCCUUCCGAAGUCCGACAUACUGUUAUGUCGGUAAAAAAUCGUACUUCACCCGACAGAAGCCUGAACAUCUGAAGAAAUUCGGACGAAAUACGGAUCAAGGACUUUAUGGGGAAGGAACAAAACUAUUGGAAAAGAUGCCUGAACCUCCACGUUUUGUGAAGACGGGCAUAUAA